CACCGUCGACAACAGAUCGUAUAGCGGAUUAUUCUUUUCUCCAAAAUUAGAGAUGGCUGCCAAUAAUACUCCAAACGCUCGAUGCGACAUGGAAGAUGCUGGUCCCUCCAACUCUUCCCUUGUGCCGAUUCCCAUCGCCGCCGUCACUCAUGAUACGGACAGUGUUUUAGGUGAUAGUGUGAUCAUCAAUACUCUGACUAGAGGGCAUAGUGCUACAGUGGAUGGCUCUUCUGACAACAAGCGUGCUUUGACAAGUGAAAAUUAUCGUGUUCAAGUUAAACUCGUUAACGGUGCAUUUGAUAAUGUGCUUAAAAACGCUCUGAUUCGUGAUUUGAACAUCUGCUUGUUUUCCUCACCAGCCAAUUCAUUUAUACCAAGCUUCCAAGGAUGUGGUCUCAGAUUCGGUGCUGUCUGGUUCGCACCAGAUAACCAACAAAGCUGUGAUUGGCUGAAAGAUAAGCUCAUUAGUAUAAAUGAAAAGGCUGGUGAGUUCAAGUUCCGAAUCGAACCUUUCUCACUUCAUCAAACCAAAAUAUGCAUUUCCAUUCCUUGGGAUGACAGAGAGCUUCUGAAGGAUGGAGAUGUUUUGAGGCGUUUGAAGUAUCAGAACCCUCGCAUCCCCAUUGAACGUUGGAGGGUUGUCAAAACAAAGUUUACCUCUAUGGGUGAUCGGUUAACCUUUUGUUGCAUUGAUGAUGAUUCUCUACGCCUGCUAGAAAAUGAUCACUAUCGGAUGAACUACGCAUUCGAUAAAGUAUUCGCUAGAGUUUUACAUCAGAAGAAGUCUGAUAAACCUUCGUAA